AUGUCUCUGAGUCAGCUGCAAAAAGGCGGAGCAGAGUGUGAGGCAGACUUUGCCACUCUGGAGAAGCAGCUGAUGUGUCCCAUCUGUACGGAGCUUCUUCAAAAGCCCAUCGUCAUCCUACCCUGCCAGCACAACCUAUGUAGGAGGUGUGCCGAUGCGCUCUAUCAGUCUCAGAACACUUUGAUGCUGAGCAGCGGCAGCUUUUGCUGUCCAUCAUGUCACCAGAAGGUGGUCCUGGAUUGCCACGGUGUCUACGGCCUGCAGCGCAAUCUUCUGGUGGAGAACAUUAUCGACAUAUACAAACAUGAAGUCUGCGGUCACAGUGGCAGCAGGUCCCUCCCUCUCCCGCCUUCGCUUCCUGCUCAGGUGAUUUGCUCACAGCACUCGGACGAGAAGGUCAACAUCUACUGUGUCUCCUGCCAGCUGGCCAUCUGCUCCCUCUGUAAGGUUUUUGGAGAGCAUGAGUCCUGCCAGGUGCAAUCUCUGGAAGAUGCCAUGCAGCACAAGAAGGACGAACUGAGGGAAAGUGUGGCUUCAGUGGUGGAGAUCAACCAGAAAAUUAGAGCAAUAAUGGACGAGCUCGAUGAAAAGUGCAGGAAAAUCGAGGAGACCUGCAAGACUCACAAACAAAAUGUAUACGACAAGUUCAGACGAAUGUCCUCAAUCGUGGAGGAAAGACUUAGUGCCAUGACGGAGAGAAUCAGCAAAGAAGAAGAAGAAAAGGCAGGCGGUGUCCGGCUGCUUGUGCGUUGCUAUGGAGAUAGUGUAGAGGCUAACCGGAAGUUGUUGGAGAAAGCAGUCAGCGCUUUGGAGGAUCCCGACAUGGUGGAUUUUAUUCAGGCAGAACCAACAUUGGCGCCUCCUGAAUGCUCUAUCCAAGAUCGGCCUAUAGAAUGUGAGAAGGAGCAAGUCCUUAUGAAAGAGGAGGCGCAAGGAGAGGCUAAGGAAUGUUCUGCAUCGCAGGAGGAAAUGGCUGCUCAAAUAAACACGCAACAGGCUGUCAUUGCACUGUUCUACCUCGUGGCCUUCCUGGUUCUCUUGCAGAAGGCUUGGUCCUACAUAGGCUGCUUUAUCAUCAGAUCUGUUGAUGGGAUGCUGCCAACAGGAGACGUGCACCAGCCGGGCAAGCGAGUGACCCGCAUUGCGAUGAGAACGUGCGUUCAUACGGAGGAGAAUGGACGAGUAGUGGAGAAAACAGAGGAAACUUCAAAGGCAGUCUGCUGGAUGGCAACGGAGCGGACGAGAGGACGCUAUACAGUUGUGGGUUUGGUGGAGGCCAUUGGCGGCGCCUGCAAAGUGAGGUGGUGA